CUCACAAAACACGAUGAACGGACGGAAUAGUGACUUACACAGGAAAUAAAGUUGAAUCAAAAAGAUUGAACAAUCUGGUUUGCUCAAUUUGACAGUACCACACUAGGUGUGGAUUAGUUUUUUUUUUUUUACAUCGAGUUAAAGCGUAUUUUAUGCGACAAUCAAAAUGCUGAUCAAGGUUAAGACUCUCACUGGCAAAGAAAUAGAGAUCGACAUUGAGCCCACAGACAAGGUGGAGAGAAUUAAAGAAAGAGUGGAGGAGAAGGAGGGGAUUCCACCUCAACAACAAAGACUAAUCUACAGUGGAAAACAGAUGAACGAUGAGAAGACUGCUGCAGACUACAAGAUCCAGGGAGGCUCAGUUUUGCAUCUGGUCCUGGCGCUAAGAGGAGGGCUAGUCUGCCACUGUAACAGAAUACAACUCAUCGUCUAGUGGGCAUUGGGGCCGGCCUUGUGCCAACCCACGUUUCUGUCAUUGUCACUCACACCAUGUUGCAACACAGAGCAGCAAAUUGCCACAAUGGUGUGGCACUAAUGUUAUUAGGCCUCCUGUUCCUCAGCAAACAAAGGACCUUCUGCUAUAAAUCUUCUGUGUAGAUUGUUUUUGUAACCACCUCUUGCUUUAAGUUCAAGUAUUUUGCUUGUGAUUAAAAAGGUAAAGUUGA